AUGGGGACUCUUAGAGUAGCUAUUGUUUCCCGGCUUUUGCUGGCUUUAGUACUAGCUAAUCGUUUAUAUAUUUUUCCGGUCUAUCACAACAGCAGUGUGGAGGUUGAGGGCCUUUCUGUUCCCGGUAAUUUGGACGGGUUUAAGAUGACAACGCCAGCGAAUAGAAGUUUGUUUGACUUUUGGUAUUUUGACGCUUUUUCUAGAACUACUAGCGUGGCUAUUAACAUUGUGUUUUUUAACACGGGUGAUUUUGCUGCGAACCCGCAUUCUUUGAUGGCCUUGGUAUCCGGCGGCGCUGUUAUUACCAAUGAUGAGAUUGGGGUUACUGGAAACUGGCUCGGCUCGGGAGCCAGCUUCCACAGUACUAGCCUGGAGAAGUCUAACGUCGAGUACGUGAUUAAGCUCAACUCACCCAACAUCGGGGUGAGAGGCACGUUGAAGUUGAAAUCCGCUGAUAUCGAUCUCACUAUCAACGGUACCGAAUUUAAAGUGGCCGACGGUAUUGGAUACUACGAUAAGAACUGGGGCGACGUAUCUGUUAUUACCAGUCCUAAAUAUUGGGAUUGGGGGCAUGCACGGCUGGGCCCCUACUCGCUGGUGUGGUAUGACCUCCUCGACUACAAUGAUACCGAGCAUGUGUAUGCUUAUAUCUCCAAGAAUGGCCGAUUCAUGCACAUCAAUUGCGCUGAGAAGGCUGUCGAAGUGCGCCAGUGGGGUCCUAAUGCCACAUACCCACCCACCAGUGGUAUUGCCGCCAACGAGGGUCUGACUGCUCGGUUCGAUCUGGGUGGUGGUCAGGUCUUUGUCGCAAAUCUGACUAAGGAGGUGACAAUUCACGAUCAGAUUGUUUAUGCUAGGGCGUUGGGCUCUGCUUAUUAUCCUAGACUUAAUCUUGACAAGUAUCAACCGCAGUCCCUAGAUUACGCGAAUUGA